AGUUGCUGAUUUUGGCUAAUGCGUUUGUGUAUGUGAUGUUUGGAGCUUCACAAAUGUGGUUGUGGUUGAGAUUUGAGAAGAUUGUUUGGAGCUUGUGAAGUUGGUGAUCUUGGAUUUUUUAAAUAGAAUGACUCUUGUUGGUUUUGGUGCAUUUUUGGCUCUAUUUUUUUUAUAAAGUUUUAAUCUUGGAGCAGUUACGAUUUUUAUAGUUGGUUUGUUUUUUGUGGAUUGGUUUUUGCUCCACUGAACUCAAAGAUUGGCCUUACAAAGUAAAAAAAUGAAGAGCAUUUUUCUGAAUCUUGGAUGGAAAAUUUGAAUGAUUUUGUUCGUUUUUUCUAGCCUCAAUGCUUGAGAAAUGUCUAGGGUGUUAAAUUUUUUUACUCAAUUUCCCUGUUUCUUGUAGUCAUUUAAUGAAAUUGCUAAGGUUGAAAUUUGUUAACUUUGGUAUAGCUGAGUGUUUGAUUAGAGAACAUGUGUAUAUCUUAGAUCCUACUACAACAUUAAGAGAGGGGGAUUUCUUUGAGAACCGAGUAUUGCAUUGGAACAAUAGUUGUGAGUCCUCACAGGUUCUUAAUGAGUUCACACAUGGUAAACAAGAAAAGAUAGGCAAGACUCAGUUCAAAGAGGUUCUCUCAGAUAUUCUACUAGGCAUGGCUGCAGGCUUGAAACGGGAUCCUGUCGUGAUUCUUAGGAUCGACGGUGAUGACCUCCUUGAGUUCAUCAACGGGCCCACCUUCGAGCCGGAGAUACUCUCCUUAUUCUCCGAGAUUGACUUGCCCGAAGGAUCACUCAAAGACUACAUCAUCAAGGCCUUUGAGAAACUCUCCGUUGAUCAAGGCGUGCCUCCGGCUACGGAUCCUUGGGUCAUGAGCAACAUUCUAGAGCCAGCCUUGGAGCCCUUGGGGGAUUCCCUUGAUGAGACGGUCUCACAAGAGACGUUUGUAGCUGGGUUCAAACAAGCAUCGGAGAAUGCAGCGAGCCUUCUCAAGGAGCAGCCGGCUAUCGUUGCUCACAGCCAGAAUACCUUUGAUGGGAGUGGCAUUAGAAGGCUCUUGUCUAAUAAGUUUGAGCUGGAUAAGGCAUUGGAUACUGCUCUGAAGAGUGUUCCGAGGGAUCGCCAUGGUAAGAUAUCAAAGGAAUUCCUGAGUGUCGCAGUUGAUAAUUUGGGUGCCUCGGCCGGCUUACCUCCUCUUGGCGCUGUUGAGCAGAUGGAUAACAUAGUCACGGAAGCCAUAAAAAUGUUUGGUGGUGAGGAUGGGAAGUCGGUGAAGGAAGAAGAGUUCAAGAAGCUACUAACCGAGGUUCUCGGGAGCAUCAUGCUACAGCUCGAGGGCAAUCCUGUCUCGAUCUCAAUAAACUCGGUGGUUCAUGAGCCGUUGGCGUCGUCCUCCACCCUCCUGCAGCCUUCGUCGCCGUGAUGUGUGUAAAUGAAACUCAACCCAACUCAACUGAUGGAGACUUGUAAUUUUUUUGACUCUGUUAAGUGAUGAGGGUUGGCUAGUUUGGAUGGAGCUGAAUAUAUAUGCUGUUGCUUAAACAUGAUCAUUUAAUGAUCAGUUAACUCUUAAUUACGCUCCCUAAUUAUGUUACCAGAUUCUUUAUUUUCUUGCUUUUGUUGUUGAUGCAUGUAACUUUUAUGGUGUUCAAGAAUUGAAGGUGUCUUUCACUCUUGUUUA